AUGUCAAAUAUUCGAUUCACUGCAGCAAACCUGUCAAGAAUCAAAAAGCCAAGCUCCAACCCCAAGAAAGGACCCCUCUCUCCAUUGAAAAGCAAGCCCAAGCCGAAGCAAAAGGUGAAGAAACAGGAUGAGGAAGAUGGCUCAGAGGAACCACUACAAGUGGUAUCACUGAGGGCUAAUCUUGAUUUCCAGAUCCAAAAUUACACAGGCAUAGUUGACGCUAUUGAUACUGUUGUUGAAAAUCAGUGGGCAGAAAAAACUUGCUUUCAUAAUCGUUAUUAUAGCGAGCAGGCUAAAGAAGGUAGUUCUGCUACUGAUCUUCUUUUCUCACUCCGAGGACUCUCCAUGGAAACAAAAGCCGAAAUUAUUAAGUACCGAAACCAGCAGCUACCCAAUGGUAUGCUCACUCUUAACCAGCUAUACUCGAUGUUUCAAGACCAAGGUAAUACAUUUGUGGAUAGAAGUCUUGAAAUGUGUAUACGCGACGGUUUAGUCAAGAAGUUCAUCAUUACCAACGCUCUGCCGAUAAUUCUGAGGACUGGAAAAGGAGGCCAAAACUCAAAAGUGACAUACGGCUAUGAAAACAUCGAGGUUGUCGUAAAAAUCGAGCAUUAUAUUGCAUUAAUCGAGGAAAUUGCUGAUGGUCUGGAUGGAGCGACGGCUGCUGCUUUGGGAGAGUUUAAACAGUUCGUGAAGGGUCACCCUGAGGCACUUUCGAUUUGUACAACAGAUAUCUCUGCUGAUCAUUUGUCAGCAUUGGUGAAGACUGGUGUAGUUACACUAACUUCAAAUCACCACAAUGAGAUCAACGUUCAUCAGUACUCGUUGGCAUAUCCUCGGUGCGGUACGUUCCUUAAAAUGAUAAAUUCGGGACGGUCGUGGCUUGUGAAGACUUUAAACAAAUCAAAAUUCAAGGAACUCCUUGAGGAACAACUAUUUGAGAAAUGGGAAGGUAAAAAUAAGGCAAACUUCCGGAAACCGUUUUAUGGCUAUGACCUAAUGUGGGUUUUGGCCGAUGCUUUGGGAGCCGGUGUGGCUGAGGUAUUCAAGACCCCUGUGGGCAGGGGCUGGCGUCUUACAGGUAAAAUAUAG